AAUGAAGAAAACUAGCCAGAGAAACAGGUUUGCAUAUGAGAAAGCACUCUCACCUUUGUCUCAGCCUCGGCAAAGAAACAUAAACCUCUGAACACAAGGAUUUGCUGCGUUUUACUGCAACACUUUUCUUUCUUGCUGGUCACUCUGAACCCUCUUCAUCAUGCCAGUGAUCACAUCCAGCCUCUCUAAUGAUCAGCAGAACAAGCUGCUCUCCCUCCUUGGCAAUGUCAGACUCCACCUGCUCUACAAAGCCAGCAUCCAUGGCUACACUGCUGCUGCCUUCCACAGCCGCUGCGACACACAAGGCCCUACCGUUAUCGUCGCCUACAACAGCGCUGGGUUUGUCUUUGGGGCCUACACCUCCAAGGACUACACCCAGAGUAACGAGGAAGUCAUUGACAAGGAGGCUUUCCUCUACAGCAUCAGUGCUCGGCGCUACAAACCACUGAAGGUUUCAGGUAUCACAGGGAAAUGUGCUUUCACAGAUGUAGACAGCGGUCCAGAUUAUGGCGCUCUGGUGUUCCUGUAUGAAGACGAACCUGCAGUAGACUCCAAUCCGGGCACAAGCUUCAACUUUAAAGACACAGACAUGCACGGAGAUGAUUUGCAACUGACUGAGUUUGAGGUGUAUCGUGUUGAAGACUUGGGGGAUCUCCUGACCAAACCAUGGAGGAACAUCCAGUGGACGAAUACGAAAAAGCAGCAGUUGAUGGAGGCCAUCCUCAACUACGAGCCUUCUGUCAAAAUGGUGCAUCAAGCCCGGGUGUUGCUGGUGGGCCCCGUUGGAGCCGGCAAAUCCAGCUUCUUCAACUCCAUCAACUCAGCAUUUCGAGGCAACAUGACGUCUCAGGCCAUCGCUGGCACAGCAGAGUCGAGUGUCACCACUGAGUUUCGUACUUACACCAUCAAGGCAAAGAAAGGUGGUGGAGCUGUUCCUCUGAUCCUGUGUGACACAAUGGGCCUGGAGGAUAACCUUGAUGCUGGUCUGGACAUUAAAGACUUAGUCAGCAUCUACAAUGGUCACAUCAAGGAUCGCUAUCAGUUUAGUUUGUCUGGGCCUCUCCUGUCAGAUGCUCCCGGCUACAAGAAGAACGUGACUUUGAGCGACAAGAUUCACUGUGUGGUUUAUGUGGUCGAAACCUGCAAGGCCUCAAUUCUCAGCCAGAAAAUGCGGGACAAGUUUGUUGCCAUUCGGAAGAAAGCCAACCAGCUGGGAAUUCCUCAGAUUCUGCUGAUGACUAAAGUCGAUGACGCCUGUCCACUGGUGGGAGAAGACUUGAAGAAUGUUUAUCGCAGCGUCUACAUCCAAAAGAUGGCCCAUGAGCUCAGAGAGUCUCUGGGUAUCCCUCUGAACUGUGUGCUGCCGGUGAAGAACUACAGCCAGGAGCUGGAGGUGGAACAGAACACUGACAUAUUGCUGUUGACUGCUGUGGAGCAGAUGCUCAAUUACGCCGACAACUUUUUGGAAAACCAGGUUGUCGAAGAUCAAGGCGGAGUCUGUGGAGAUCCAGAGAUCAACUCCUCCAUGAUCUCCGCCUUGAUGAACUCCGACUCAGAAUAAUGAGUCAGUUAAUUUGAUGUGCAAAAAAGUUAGGUGUUGUGCAUGUUUUGAAUCUUAUUCAUCAGCAAGGCUUGUGAUGCAUUUAAAUUCAUUGUGCCGCACAACAACAACUCCAAAGAUACAGCUAGAAUCUUAAGGAACUAAUUAUCUUCUAAAUUACCUUCAUCAAAUAGGAAGAACAACUAGUCGUGAAAUAGAUGCUUUGGCCUCCAUGAUGCCCUGAUCUCAACUUAAUUGUAUUAAUAUGGGAUGAAGAUGCAAUCAGACACUGUGGCAAGUUCCCCAAGAUCAUGGAAAAGGCCUACAAAAUUCAUAGAGACAAAUUAAAACAAAUGUUUUUCUCAUUUUCUAUGCUUUGUAUAAAGUUUAUUUGUAAAAUGAUUGAAAGGUAUCCAUGGCCUUAUUUUUGAUUGCAUCAUAGCAACAAAAAAAAAGCACAGUAGUAUAUUUUUCUUUCAUGGGUCAAAAGGUUAAAUUGAAUUGACUGUUUACUCUUAUUUGUCUUAAGGCAACUAUUUAAGGCAACUAUUGAGCUCAGUUACAGCUAAGUCUAUCAGUGACGUUACUGAAAGCCCCAGAUCUGAGUUUGAUUUGAGAUUAUUUCUUUAACUGCUGCAUUCAAAGUCAAGAGUGAACUUUGAAACCUUUGCAACAAUGUGGGUGAAAAGUCUUCCCAAUGUUACAAAGCUCACCGGACCAUGAUGUGAUCCAGUAUUAUUGUGUCCACCUUAAGUUCCAGAUGUCUGUAAACCUUUGCAUUUAUGUUUUCUGCUGAACUGAUAAUAAUAAUAAAAAAAAUUAACUCACUUGGUCAAAUGUAACCAGAGUUUCUGAAAAAUGCAACUAUAUCCAGUUUUACACACUUGGUAUCACCCAAGUGCACAUUAUUAAAAUAAAUCAAUAUUCAAA